CAUGGAGAAGGCUAGAACUGGGAUUCCAGGCAUAUGCUAUGAUGCUUGACUGCUAAAUAGGUAUUGGAAAUCAAACACGGGACCUUGUGCAUGAUGGUUCAAAGUCACUCCAUCACACAACUAGACAUCUUUUCUCAAGAAACACCCCUGGACAUGGCCCCAGCGUCCUUUGAUGACCAAUAUGCUGGCUGUGCAGUAGACAUGACAGCGGCUCUACCAGAUCUCAACCACUCAGAAUUCCAGACCAACAAAGUGUACGCGGAUGGUUGGGCUCUGGCCAACACCCAGUGGCAAGAGCGCAAGGCCUGGGGGUCAGCGUGGAGUCUCAGCCCAACCCCCUUGCCCCUACCACCCCCGGGCUUCCGGGAUGAGCACGGUGUGGCUCUUCUGGCCUACACUGCCAACAGCCCCCUGCACAAGGAGUUCAAUGCAGCCGUGCGCGAGGCGGGCCGCUCCCGGGCCCACUACCUCCACCACUUUUCCUUUAAGACCUUCCACUUUCUGCUCACGGAGGCCCUACAGCUACUCGGGAGCCAGCGAUCUCGCGGGUGCCAUCAGGUGUACAGAGGGGUGCAUGGCCUGCGCUUCCGGCCAGUGGGGCCCGGGGCUACCGUUAGGCUGGGGGGCUUUGCCUCCGCAUCCCUCAAGAACGUUGCCGCCCAGCAAUUUGGUGAAGACACCUUCUUUGGUAUCUGGACCUGCCUCGGGGCCCCGAUCAGGGGUUACUCCUUUUUUCCUGGAGAGGAGGAGGUAUUGAUACCCCCUUUUGAGACUUUCCAGGUGAUCAAUGCCAGCCGACCUGCCCAAGGUCCUGCACGCAUCUAUCUCCGCGCUCUGGGCAAACGCAGCACAUACAAUUGCGAAUACAUCAAAGAAAAGAGUUGCAGAUCCGGGCCCUGCAGGUUGGAUAGCUCAGCCCUGGGCUCCAUCUCUGCCUCCUGUUCUCUUCUGCUGCUGCUCUGGCUCCUUGUGCUGAGUGUCCUUCUAGAGAUUCCAGGCCUCCUGUGACCAACAAGAUGCUGAACUGGCCCUGCCUGAGGAAUGUUGGCUACCUGUGUGCUUUAAGUAUAGCAGGAUCCUGGUGAAGCAGUCUGUC